AUGAAUCUACUGUCUUCUAAGAAAAUCAGGUUGAUUGUGCCUGUUGUUUUUAGAUUUGCCCUACCGAGUCAGCUAUAUGCAUAUGUCAAGUUAGAUACCGAUUUCAACCCGUCUUCAGCCGACACACAGUAUUCAGACGAUUUUCCGGAAGCUUGGACCGAAACUGAUGAUUGGAGUCUCAAUCCCACUGGUGAAUUGGAAAUUGCUGGUAACAUACUAAACUGUGCAGAUUCUACGAAUCAGCUUCGUUGUUUCCUAGUGAAUUAUGACAAGGCUUCCUCACAUUCCGCAAUAAACGAGAGCAACUUCACUGGCAAAAGUGUUUCCCCAUCGUCUCAAUCGGGUGUUCCUUUGUGCGUUUCAUGCUCUAGUGUGCUUUAA